AUGUUUUUGGGAAACUUCAUAUUUAUAAUCUGUAUCUGGACGGUGAAAGGAGAUCUCUUCAGCAAAGCCACUAGAAGUCGUGAUGAUGAGAAGGAUAUAAGGAAUAGUGUUUACGACUUUAUUAUAGUCGGCGGUGGCACAGCUGGCUGUGUACUAGCUAAUAGACUGUCAGCUAAUCAAGAUUGGAAGAUUCUUGUACUGGAAGCAGGCGAAGAUGAAAGUAUUGACUAUGACAUCCCAGGUGUACCAACUAAAGACUUUCGACCGAUAUUAUGGAACUAUAGAACGGAUAGGAAUGGCUUUUCGUGCUUGUCCAGACCUGGUGGUAGUUGCGAAGUUAAAACUGGAAAAGUCUUAGGUGGUUCUAGUGUCACGAAUGAUAUGAAAUAUACGAGAGGGUACAAGAAGGAUUACGAUGCCUGGCAUACAAAUGGAGAAAUGGGUUCUUUGGAAUGGAAGUUUGAGAACCUUCUAGAAUAUUUCAAAGCCUCUGAGGAUAACGGUGACUAUGAUGUUUUGAUGAAUUCAUUCUAUCACGCCCGAGGAGGAGAAAUGCAUGUGCAAAAAUUCAAAUACACAGAUCGUGUGAUGGAAGUAUUUUUAGGCGCGUUUGCGGAGUUAGGCCUUCGAACAAUGGACAUAAACACGAACAUAGUCGAAGCAGUUGUCAACAACCAAUUCACGAUUUUCAACAAUACAAGACAAAGUACAAACAGUGCCUUUCUAAAACCCGUGCGACACAGAAAGAAUCUUACUGUCAAAACAGGCGUUACUGUCACAAAAAUAAUGAUCGAUCCCCAAGAAAAGAUUGUCGAAGGUGUUUGGUACGAAAUAGAGAAAGGAAAAGAACAGCCGGCCUAUGCGAAGAGAGAAAUCAUUUUGACAGCAGGAGCGAUUAAUAAUGUUAAGUUGCUGCAUUUAUCUGGAAUAGGUCCUAGAGAAGAGUUAGCUAAAUAUAACAUUACCACUUUUAUUGACCUACCUGUUGGCUAUAAUUACCAAGACCAAGUGACGACUGGUGGUUUAGCUUUUACAAUGAGUGAAGUUAAACCUGUAAGCGAGUCUGAGGUUAUUGAAGAUUUUAAAACCUGGUUCCAAAGUCGCAAUGGCCCUUUGGCAUCUCGUGGAAUCAAUCAGAUCUCGGCAUUCAUACAACUGUUUGAAAACAAAGCUGCUCCAGACGUAGAAUUAGCUUUAGAAGGAAAUUAUGUGCGGAGUGAUAAAUUUAUGCUUACGAAUAUAAGCAUACAUACAGCGGAAGAAACAAAUAUGCCAUUGGCUUAUUACAACUUGAUAUUACUGAAUCCAGUAUUACUAAAACCAAAAAGUAUUGGUAGAAUUACGUUAAAUAAAAGAAACCCGAAAUAUGGUCGACCGGUAAUACAAGCUAACUUACUGAAAGAAUCACAGGACCUGGAUGCUAUAGUAGAUAGUAUAGAUGUUGCUCUUCAGUUAUUAAAUACGAAUGAAAUGAAACGAGCUGAGAUUAAGUUAGCACCGAUUGACAUGUUUCCUUGUGACAAACUGCAUAAUAGAGAUCAAUGGAAUUGUAUUGCUAGACAUUAUACUAAAGCGAUUGGUAAUCCAAUUGGUACAUGUAGAAUGGGUUACAAUAGCACAAAUUCUGUUGUAACCUUUAACUUUAGAGUACAUGGCAUUGAGAGACUAAGAAUAAUGGACGCGUCAGUAAUGCCUACACAUGUAAGAGGAGGUAUUUAUGCACCUACAGUAAUGAUAGCAGAAAAGGGAGCAAAGCUCAUAUUAAAGGAUUGGCAAGAAAACAAAAGUCGUUAUCCUUCUGGACGGUGA